GCUUUCUCAUUCCCCCUCUUCCCAAAAACCCUAGUGCUCAGUCUCUCUUUAGCGGUCCAAUCGAGAUCGGAGAAUGGCGGCGAGCGAGCACACUGCCCUUCAAUUCACGCCAGUGCUCUCAUCGUCAAGCCUGUUGGCGAAGGUGCACCCCUUGGUGAUCUUCAACAUCUGCGAUUGCUACGUGAGGCGCCCUGACCAAGCAGAGCGCGUCAUUGGCACGCUUCUUGGCUCCGUCCUACCCGAUGGCACUGUUGACAUUCGUAAUUCUUACGCUGUCCCUCACAAUGAAUCCUCCGACCAGGUUGCUCUGGAUAUUGAUUACCAUCAUAAUAUGUUGUUGUCUCACCAAAAAGUGAAUCCAAAAGAAGCUAUUGUUGGAUGGUAUUCAACCGGAUUAGGAGUCACUGGUGGAAGUGCAUUGAUCCAUGAAUUCUAUUCUAGAGAAGUUCCCAAUCCCAUUCAUCUAACGGUGGAUACAGGGUUCAGGAAUGGAGAGGGUACUAUUAAAGCUUAUGUUUCUGUUAAUUUGUCUCUUGGAGACUGUCAGCUUGCUGUACAAUUUCAAGAAAUUCCUGUUGAUUUCCGCAUGGUUGAAGCUGAGCAAGUUGGAUUUGAUAUCCUUAAGACACCAAUGGUUGACAAAAUCCCAAGCGACUUGGAAGGAAUGGAAGCCUCAAUGCAGCGGCUACUAGCCCUAAUUGAUGAUGUCCACAAAUAUGUUGAUGAUGUUGUGGAAGGGCAUACUGCAUCAGAUAGUAGCAUAGGCCGGUUUAUAUCAGAAACUGUUGCUUCCCUUCCCAAACUUUUGCCAUCGGCCUUUGAUAAGCUUGUGAAUGACAAUCUUCAGGACCAUUUGCUCUUGCUAUAUUUGUCAAGCAUCACAAGGACACAGCUGAGUUUAGCAGAAAAGCUGAACACUGCUGCUCAGAUCCUCUAAUUUAUUCUAUCCAUUGGUGGAAUUCAUGGGUCAAAACAAUUUUAGUGUUAAAUCAUUUGACCUAUUGUAAUGCAUCGCUAAGCUUGAGGAAUCAGCUAUUCAUUCUGUGGGAGGGUUUGUAUUAAUUUCGAGAAGGUAGGUUCAGGUUGUGCACAAUUUUAUCUGAGGUUCGCUUUUUUGUAAUGGUUCAGUUACCGUCUGGAAACAUCCUACGCUUUGGAAAAUUAGGCUUUAUAUUAUCUCCCAUAUAAACA